AUGGCCACGCAAACUGCUACCCCUUCAGCUGAAGCUCCUAGUGCCCAAGUGAUUGGAAAUGCUUUUGUUGAGCAGUACUACCAUAUUCUUCAUCACUCCCCUGAGUUGGUUCACCGGUUUUACCUGGACACGAGUGCAUUAAGUCGCCCAGAAUCCGAUGGUGUGAUGACAACUGUGACAACCAUGAAAGAUAUCGAUGAUAAGAUAUGUUCCUUGGACUACAAGAACUACAAGGCAGAAAUAAUGACUGCUGAUGCUCAGGACUCUUAUAAGGAUGGAGUGAUUGUGCUUGUAACUGGGUGCUUGACUGGAAAGGACAAUCUGAGAAAGAAAUUCACACAAACCUUUUUCCUUGCUCCACAAGACAAAGGAUAUUAUGUUUUGAAUGAUGUCUUUAGAUAUGUUGGUGAGAGUGAAUCAGACACCAGUGCAGGGGAAAUUAUUGGAAUUGAUAACACACCACCUUCAGAUUCUCUGACCCCGGAUCCAGAGCCCGCUCAAGUAUUGGAUCUUCCCAACCUGAACCAGGCUACUUCUCAAAAAGAGGAUGUCGAAACUGUUGAGGAGAAAGCUGAUGACCUAGUAAAUGAUGUGAUGCAAGUUAGUAACGAUGAUGUUGAUAUUCUGGUGGUAGGUGAAUCUCAUUUGGACGAGAAUCACAUAUCCUCAGUUGCAGAAUCAGCUACUUCCUCCUCCCAAGAGGAUCCUCCAAAGAAGUCAUAUGCUUCAAUUUUAAGUUCACAAUCAAAGAUGGGGCCAACCAAAGUUUAUGUACCUGCUAAUACGUUGGGGGUGGCUCCUACAAUAACUGAAAAGCGGUCAAUUGAUUCAGCUGUGACUGCUUCAAGCCCUGAACCAUCAAGCCCAACUGCACCUGUUAAUGAGCCGGAAAGUCACGAUACCGAGGAUGAAGUUGAGGGUCACUCAAUUUAUAUCCGCAAUUUGCCUCUAAAUAUAACGGUUGCUCAGCUUGAGUCAGAAUUCAAGAAAUUUGGACCUAUUAAGCAAAAUGGGGUCCAAGUCAGAAGUAACAAGCAACAAGGAUUCUGUUUUGGUUUUGUUGAAUUUCAAGAGUUCAGCUCCAUGCAAAGUGCAAUUCAGGCUUCACCCAUAUCUAUUGAUGAUCGUCAAGCUGCAGUUGAAAUAAAGAGGACUAGGACUCGAGUUGGUAGUGGGAGGGGCCGUUUCACUUCUGCUCGUGGUGGCUUUCGAAGCAACAGCUUCAGGGGUCGUGGAAAUUUUAAUCCUGGCCGGGCCUAUGUGAGAAGCGAUAGUUUCAGGGCUCGUGGGAACUUUAGCAUGGGACGCGGUGGAGAAGGUUAUCAAGGAAGAGGGAGAGGUGGUCAUCGCCAGAAUGCCCCUUCAACGUAA